AUGGCCGAGCAUUUCCCUCAAAUUAGCCAAAAGCAUCCGCGAAGACAGAACGCGAGCUCCGAAAGGCGAUACACGGUUCAUGAGUCAUCGCCAUCUCCGCUGAUCGAAGAACGAGAUGAGCCGGCUUCUCAGCCGUCGAAGCAGCAAAGGCGCAACUCACUCAUCACCACGUCCCACGUUCGAACGUACGCACAUUCGCCGAGAGAGGUCAGUCCAGAUAUGACAAGAACGCACAGUCCCGUGUCCACUCUCCGGAGUCCGCAUGCGGUGCGCGCACUGAGCCCUGUGUCUAUUCUGCGGAACGAGUGGACAGUGCGCGAGUCCUCGCCUUUACGCAGUGAGAUUACCACACCAGCAGAGUCUAGAGGAGCAAGUCCCAUCCGCAAUAGUGCAGGAAACUUGAUGCGGAACGGGAAUGCGAUUCCUCGUGCAGGACAGACUGCGCAGCGCCAAAGUCAGCAUGAAGCAGCACAUCACCACAACGCCGCCCUAAGCGCACUUCAAGGCCAGACAUCCCAACACUCACCUCCUAGCGAACCCAUAGGUCCGCCAAAAGCAGCUGAGGUGAAAAAGUAUAACCGCGUCUCGCUGCAAAAGCUGCAGACGCAGGUCUCCCCUCCUUCUCCGCUACCCGUACCUGAAGAGAACGAGGAAGAAGAAGUGGAAGUCAUCAGCAUGUCGCCCGCAGUGAGGGAGUCGGUGUCUUCUUAUCGUCUUUCGCGGUCGAGUUUGGCGAAAGACGGUCGCUCGUCCAUGUCGCCGCAGAGCGGGAGCGGAAGUUCGACGAGUUUGAUCAGUGGAAUGAGUUUAACGGCUGAUCCGAGUAAGCGGUAUUUUGGGCAGAGGAUUGAUGCCUCGGAUUUGGUGGCGUCGGGGUUGGAGAAUGCUGUUGCGAGGUUUGGGCUGGCUUAA